CCAUUUCCUUGUUCCACCUUCGUUUCAGCAACUGCGGGCAGCUUCCGGUAUAUCUAUAAUAGACUUUUGACCACUCUAAUCACACCCACGCAAACACGCCAAAGCGCGACCCAGCGCACGAUACCAUCUCGCACGACUACGGAGACGACAACGACAGCAACGCCGCGCAACGACAACGGCAAAACCUCCUUCAACUAAAAACGAUACCAACACACAACCGCAAUCAUGGCGCGUAACUCUGAAAAGGCGCAUUCGAUGCUCUUCCGCUUUCGCGCGGCGCAGGCUGCCGAAGCGGGAAUCAUUGACAUUUCGCGCACGCGCCGCCCCAAGCUCAUCACGUCGGUCAACUCGAUUCCCGUGUGCGAAAAAUGGCGUGGCCAGGUCCUCAAGGAGAUCUCGCGCAAAGUCACAAAGAUCCAGGACGAAGCGCUCUCGGAUUACCAGAUUCGCGAUCUCAACGAUGAGAUCAACAAACUUAUGCGAGAGAAACAUAUGUGGGAGAGCCAGAUCAGGUCGUUAGGAGGGCCCAACUACAUGCGAGGCGGAAGAGUGCUAGAUGAGGAAGGGCGUGAGGUGCCUGGAGGUGGCAAGGGGUAUAGGUAUUUUGGGCGAGCCAAAGAGUUGCCAGGUGUCAAGGAGCUUUUUGAAAGACAGAGUCGCCCAGAAGACGACAUGGACAAAGGACGCGAAAAGAGGAGCGAGCUUAGGCAAAAGGUGGAUGCGGGUUAUUAUGGCUACAAUCUGGACGAGGAAGACGGCACGCUCUUAGCAUACGAGAAGGCAAAGGAGCGCGAGGCCUGGGACAAUUUCAUGUUAUUGGGCGAUGAACUAGACGAGAAAGCGAGCAAAGUGCAAAAAGAAUGGAUCGAACUACCGGGCGACGCGGGCGACGGUGUACGAUGGCGAGUGCCUACUCUCGACGAGGUCAACAACGAGCUUGUCGAGCGCAGGAGGAGGAAGCUACUUGAGAAGUUGGGAUGAUUGGACGAUUGGCAUAUUGACGCGCCCUCUUUUUUUUCUUCCUCCGCAGAAUCAUUCUGAGAGGCUGAGAGAGCGAAGAGAAAUCGGGCUAAACUGUACAACACCAGAUUGCAGCAUUUGUUUUGGUUUUGGGCUUGGUUUUCUUUUCCUCCAACCGACAAUCCCUUUUUUUGCACCUUUCUUCGAGGCAGAAGAAGAAAGGAAGAAAAAAGGAUCAAAGACCGAUAUACCCUUUUUCUUUUCUUUUUUGAUUUGGGCUGAACACUUCGGCUAUCAACAACUUAUAAGC